AUGGCCCCCGCGCGCAAGUCGCGUCACGCCAAAAGCGGACGCCAGAGAGCAAAUGGUGAAGCGGACAACGGCGGAGAGAGCUCCGGCCACGUGCGUACGGCAGACGAAGCCAACUCGAAAGAUGAGCACAAUCAGGCUGAGGCCAUGAACGCAGGCCUGGGCGAUUCUCAGCCGGGUCAAGCGCAGCAAGCAUCCUUUCAACUACGAGGCGAUGUGCUCGGAGGCAUUUUCACGUCUAUCAAUCCCAGUGAGGAUUUCGAGAAGCAAGUUAUGACUUUCAUUGUGAGCAAUGGUUUUCUCCCUCUCGUCGCCCAGUUCAAGCUCGACGUCGUUGGUAACGAGAGCUUCGACAAUUCUCUGGAGAAAUUCUUUCGUGGCCUACCUGGACGUUCGGCGCGCUGGCCCAACGUGGACCGUCAGACGAUCAUCGCGGCAUCCGAGAAGCUCAUGCUUUACGUCCUCAAGUGCGCAUCGAUGGCAGCGCAAUCCGGAGAGCCCGAGGCUGGUAUGACAUUGGCGAAGUGGGCGAACCAUCUUUAUCGGAAGAACAAGGAUGGCUUCUUCUCCCAGUUGCUUGUCACCAAAGUCAACAAAAGCAAGCCAGAUCAGCGUCUUACGAUGACCAAAGAGGCGUGUCUGGCAUUCUGUGCUAGACUCCUGCUCAUGGUUUGCCAAGAUCUUUCGAUGGGAAACAAGGGCAUCUUCGAAGGCAUCUUCAACGUGCUCCUCGCCAGCCCGCUCGUCAAGCCCGCGCAGCAAGUGGUGCGUGCUGAGUUGGAGGCUAUGGUGAUCAUCAAAUAUCCUCAUCCGCACGACAACUUCACUCCAAAGGUCGACUGGAUCGAGGAAGACAAGCAUGGAGAUCUGCCAAGCUGGUUGGCCGGGUUGGUAGGCAUCAGCUCUACACUGGUGAAGUCAGAUACCUUCUGGAACGACUUCGACGAGGAGGAGGUGCUCUUGUUUCGUCAACAAUCGGAAGCGGAGCAUUACGCCUUUUACAGCGGUCUUGGAUUCUCUUUCGCGGCAAUCGCUGCCGUCUUUCCACUUCGUUCGAGACAAGAUUGCAUUGAUUACUUCCUUGAGAAUGCUGAGCCCCGCGAAACGGAGUUCGAGGCCAGUAGGGCAAACGAGGCCAGCAAGUCUAACGACGUCAACGAGCCUGACGCAGAGGCUGACGCAGAGGUCGAUGAUGAUCCUCCUACAAAGAAGCGAACUCGCAAGCAAGCAAGUGGCGCACCCGAGGAGUCGGAAGAUUCUCAGACGAGCAAGAAGGCGAAGAUCGCCAACACUAAGCCAAGUGACACAACCACGAACGAGCCCGACCAAUACAGCCAUGCCAACGUCGACUCGGAGGUGUCGCUAGCUUUGCAGAUCGCCCAAGAGAGUGCGGAGGAGGCUAGGAAGGAAGGGGGAAUGGCCACGCCGGGCAGUGCUUCGUCGAGCGAGGUUCAGUCACUCAAGGCCGAGAUGAAAGCGCUCAGAGAGAUCGAGCUGCGCUUGCGCGAAGACAUGCAGACCGCGCAAGCUACCGCUGAGCGUGCCGAGAGUGACUUGCAGUUGGAAAUCGAACACAACCAGCGCCUCGCCAGGGAUAUCUACACACUGCGUGGCUAUCAAGAGCGAAACGUGAGUCUCAAUGACCGUCUCGAGGGCCUGGCCAAGAGCCACGGAGCUAUGCACCUGCGGCUGGAAGCGACCGAGCAAAGCCUGAAAGCAGAGCAGUCCGCGCACGCUACACUGAAGGGCAGCAUCGGCAAUCUCCAACAGAACGGCAACAUCGCAGCCGCCUUCAAGGAGACCCAGCUCGAGAAGCGACGACGCCUGGAGGACGCUGCCAAAAUCAAGGAGCUCGAAGCUCAGCUCGAGAAGCAGUCAAACUACGAGGAAGUCUGUCAUACGAGUGACAGACGUAGGAAGAAGGUCAUCGCUGCGAACACUAAUGCGAACGACAUCUACGCGAAGUUCCAGGCGCGUACCAAGCAGCUCGAAGAUCAGGUGCGCCAGUUGGGUGGGACACCCGUGGCGCCCAAGGAGCCUCUUCCUGCUUGUCCUCACAUCAAGUAA